AUGGAACGGGUAGUGGUGGAAGUGCCGAUCAACAACGGUUUUUCCCUCGCUGGCCCUUCCACGACCCCACGAAAGCGCCAGGUGCGCUUUUCAGCACGGCAUGACAUCAUCCUUCUGCGGGAAGUUAUCGCCCAGAACCCCUUUGCCUCCAAAGAGCCAGGACGGAUCUGGGCCCGUGUGGGGGAGAUCAUCACUGCAGCCCUUCAGGAUGAAAACUUUGAGGUGGACGCCAGGAGGUGUCGGGAAAGGACCAUGCUGCUGCUGGACUACUACAAGAAACAAGACUUUCCCAGUCUGCGUAGAUUUGGUACAGAGAGGUUGUACGCCCAAAAGGAAGAUCUGCUCCAUGAGGUUUUGGAGCUGGAGGCAGAGAAGGGACUCCUGGCCAGUGGGGAAAUCACAAAGUACCAGGAUGAUGAACUGAGAAAGCGAGCCAUGGAAGAACUAAAUCUACCAGAGCAGGACAAACCCAACAUCACCAUCACACAAACACCCACUGCAGAACCAGACGAAGACCGCGAGGAAAUGGCAGAGCUUUCAGCGGCGCCGACCGCCAAGAGGCCCUGCCAGUGCUGCUGCCAGACUUACUCUGAGAUUCUCAGCUUCCUGGAGAAACGCUCGGAGGCGGAGCAGCGGCUGCGGGAGGAGGAGCUCGCACUGCGCCGAGAGGAGCUGGAGAUUCAGAGGAGUAAGAUCAGUCUGGAGAGGGAACGCCUGGGGGCUGAGAGAAAAGAGAGGGAGCGGAGAUUUGAGCUGGAGAGCCAAGAGAGGCAGGUGAUCUUGGACCUGCUAAAAGAAAAGGUGCUGAAAGGCUGAAAAACUGCAUCACCUGCAUUUUAAUGCCAACGUUUAAAAGAAGUCAAAGAAUGAAAUAUGGGGUUGACCACUUAAAAGAGGAAGAAAAUGAAGGAGAUGGGAAGUGAAAAGAUCAAUGGCUGUAGCUUGUUACAUGCAAGUCAUUUAAAAAAAAAAAAAAACUAAAGAUAAUGAAGGCAGUAAUGCAGCUGCCACAACUACCAAACAAAUGAGUCAUGUUGGGAUUGUCUGGGUUUAUGCAGACAUAUACUGUAUGCGUGUCUGGUGCACAAAGUACCAAAAAAAGACACAAACCUGCAGACAGUGUUCAAACACUGCAAUAUUUGCCUGAACAAGCUGCACAAAGCUGACCCAUAUAUAUCUCAUUCGACACUCCCUGUGUUUUAUUCCUUGUUGAGAAGUCUGAAUAAGGAUUUCAAAGCGCUGGAGUGUCACCUACACAGUGGAAUGCAGAAAAGGGUGUGCUCUGGUGUCUUAGGUGUGGCGAUCAGCCGAGCCAGCACUGGCAGACAUUCAGGAUCGGUGUGUUACGCCAACAACAGUAUGUUUUUUAUGAGACCUGUUCUCACUGUAAGGCACACACACUGUUUGUGGUACGAAGCUGAAAGAAAACAAGGAACAACUGAGUAGAGUUGCAUAUUCAAGCAGUUCCCAUUAAAGUUGCGGUGCAGCUCAUGCUUUUGAAAACUUUGCAUUGAUGACCAUAUUAAUGACUUUACACAUGCUUUAUUCAGCAAUUUUUCAAAAUAGAAAGUAAAACUAUAUUUUACUGACUGUGAAUCCACUUUACAUUGACUGGUAAGCACUUUUGUACUGCAAACAAUACAAGCCAUUACAUGGGUGUCCUUAUUAUAUCUAUAGAUUAUACAAAAACUACUUUUUAAAAUUGGUGUCAAUGUCACAUCUUAGGUGUGCCACAAUCCUUUUGCUAUAAGAUAGCUAUUAGUUCGUUUUCAGUUUUGUUAUCGCCAAGUAGAGCUAACUGUCAUUGGUUAAAGUUGCAAUAUUACAUAAACAAUGAAUUUAUGAUAGGAGUACUUUUUUAAUACAUGUUCCACUGAUUUAUUACAUGACAUUUGCUACUGUGACCUUCUGUAUAUUGUUCAUAAAAAAUGCUAUUUUUCUUCAAGUCCACAUAACAUAGCCAUGCUUUAUAAAAAUGAAAGCAUGUAAAGAAUUUCUAUUCUGCAAAUAAAGGAGUAAGCUAUGUUUGUGUAGAUUUAUAAUCAUAACCAUCUACAUUCCUCAACUGACUACAAAGUGUGAUUGCACAUGACUCCAGUCGCAUUCCAGCACUAUGUGGUUUAGAAAUAGAAAUGCUAUUUAUUGCACACUUAUGAACAAGACUUAGCACUAUACUUGAAUAUUUCAAUGUAAUGCUACUUUACACUUCUCUAAUGUACUUUUUACUCCACUACAUUUAUCUGAAAUUUUCGUUAAUACUUUUUAAAGUCAGAUUUUACAUAGAAAACAUGAUCAGGUUAUUGGAUGCUUGUUUAAACUACUUAAAAGUGCAUAAAGUGGCUGACACUAACAGCUCAACAUUCUGCCCAGCCAAUAUAUGGAUUUUUGUUUAGUAAUUAAGCACCAAUAAUCUGCAAACACUCAAAUUUUGAAUGCAGGAUUUCCAUUUAAUGCUACUGUAUACUUCUACUCUGCUUCAUUUCAGAUGCACAUAUUGCAGUUCCAAUACAUGUUUUUGAUGACUAUGGUUUCUAGCUGCUUAGCAAAAUUAGGGUAUUAAAACUAUAUAUUAAUAAAUAAAUAGAUGUAUAUUUAAUUAUAGAUAAAGCUACCCAGCAGUAUAGAAAGUAAUUAAAAUUACUGGCAUAUUGACCAACUGUGGCACGAAAAUCAUGAUCACAUUAAUGCAUUAAUGUGUAUAAUUUUGAAAUUGAUGCAUAUUUUUGUUCUUUUACUUCAGUAAUAUUUUGAAUGCAUGACUUUUACAUCACACGUCACAACACAUUGUUUUUUA